AUGGCGGAAACAGCAAAGGUACGUAAAAACACGAUUUCUCAUGAAUUAUUAAUUGUUUGAAAACAUUCAAAGUCAAUUUUUACUUAUAGAUGAAGCCAUUUAAAGUGUGGAGUGCAAAUAGAUCUAAAAAAGUGAUUGUUGUGGCGAAUUCAUUGGAAGAACUGACGAGGAAAGGUACGGAACCGCACUAUAUUUUAAAAGUUUAGAAAACGUACUGUCCUGGCAUGCCAUAAUAUAUAAUAUAUAAAAUGAACUUCAUGUAGGGUACUUUGUAGUGUUUAAUAUAUUUUAAUUUUUUAGUGUUUAAUUUAUUUUUUAUUCUGAAACUUUAUAAAUUCUAGGGUAUUUUAAAUAACCUCAUUGAAUGAUAUAAAACUGUUAGUAGACAAUACCUUUCCUGUUUACGUCAAUUUCUAGUUAUUAUAUAGUCAAUUACGAACAAGAUUUGGAUCGACUGCCAUUUAAACAUUUUAAUUAAGUAACUUACCCAAGGUUAUGUCGUCCGGCAUAUCACACAUUGAAAACACAAAUUAUCUAGAGUUCUAAUAGCAAGUAAUUGUAUUCCUUCCACUCGUGAGCUCAUUAUUAUAAGUAAUAGCAUAGAAAGAGGCGAAUUAGCUAUUAAAACGUCCCGCCCGAUGAGGGUCGUUUAGUAAAAUUCCCUUGGGCGCCGUUCGAUGAGGGUCAUUUAGUAAAAUUCCCGAGGGCUGAAAUUUAGUAAAAUUCCCUUGGGCGCCGUUCGAUGAGGGUCAUCGAAAAUUUUACUAAAUGAUCCGAAUCGAGCGGCGCCCAAGGGAAUUUUACUAAACGACCCUCAUCGGGCGGGACGUUUUCAAUAGCUAAUUCGCCUCUUUCUAUGCUAUUACCUUGUAAUAUCAUGAUUGUGGGUAUUCCCGUUGUUCUCGCAGGGCCAUUAAAAACCAAUUAACAAUAUAAAUUAAAUGGUAUAAUUGUUUUCCAUGUCUUUGUUUAGUUUUGGCGAUUUCAGAUAUAUUCAUUUUUUCUAAUCGUACCCGCUUUGACGUCGUUUCGGGUAGGAUUACAACUAAUUCUACCUGACAUGACGUAAAAGCAGGUAGGUUUAGAAAAAAUGAAUAUAAUGAGGUGUAUUAGUUAUUAAUUGCCCUGCGAGAACAAAGGGAAUACCCGCAAUCGUGAUAUUACAAAAGUAAUGUCCAGGCCUUGUGACCCUAGUCCCAAAAAAAUGAUGGGUUAACCCACACCCCAGCAGAGAUGUCAUCGAGAAAGAUAUUGCUAUUAAAUGGUGAACCAAUUCUAUUAAAUACAUAGGGAAUGAAAAAAUUGGCUUGAAUCCUGUGAAUGUGGGCGAUCUAAAGCUUGUUUUAGAGGAAGAUGGGACUGAGGUGGAUCAGAUGCUGAUGUUGAUGCUUCUAUCCACAAAUGAACUAUGGAGUGAUCGAAAAGGUUUCAACAUAUUUUUUAAUUAUGUUGUAUUAGUAUAUUUUAUCAAAUAAUUUAUCAAAUUACUUACUCAAAUUUGCUGCCAUCAACCACAAAAUAGAUGGUUUGGUUUAGUUGAUAGUGUUGACGUUUUGAUUGCAUUUUUUCUCAUGCGUUUAUAUACUUUUAUAUGAUAUUUAAUUUAGGAAUGUCAGCAGUCAAUCAAUCUGGACAAAAGGAAAAUAUUGCAGAAUCAUUAAAAAGUGGUUGACCAACACAAUAUACAUUAACCUAACCCUUGGUAACCCAAUAAUGGUAGGUAAUCUCAUUUUAAUAUAAUGUACAAACAUUUCUGGUCAUUAAAUGCUGUCAUCUUCAAUUUUGCAGGAUGACAUAGCUACCUCUACAACCAACACUAUGGGUGAUAUCAAAGAGCAAUAAAAAAUUUUUGGACGAGGACCAAACCCUAAGAAGCUCACAAAAUGGCAAGAAGCUGUUAAUGAUGAAGUAGCCAAACUUGUUCGUAAUGACCCAAUGCUUGUUCAAAAUAGAGGUGAUCAACAAAAUUUCGAAAUUUGGUCUUACAUAUACUGCACUGCACUACACUGCACUGCACUGCACUGUAAAUAGAUGAUAACAAGAUAAAUGAAUAACAAAAUGAGAUUAUUUAACUUGCUCCAAAAUAUGCAGAAAAAACUAACUCGUAAGAAAUUCAGGAAAUUGGGUCUUGGUUAGAUGUUCUUUAGCCCACAAACUGGUAAUGAUUCAAAGUAUUAGUUUGCGCUGUCUAACACCAGAUGAUUGUAAUAAUCAGUGGAAACGUACUGCAAGUGUCUCCUGCUAUCGUUGCUAACCCAUUAACUGACAAUGUGCCAAAAUUUACUUACACUAGUGUAUUAUUAUGUCUAAUGUGCCAGUGAUAUUACUUCUCAGUGAAAGAGUACUGUCAUUUUAUGGUUAUUUAAAAUUGUCCUUUUGAAUGUAGAUGAAUUAGUUAUUUUUCUACACGUAAUUAAUCGUUUGGAAAUUGGUACUAUGACUGUACCUUAUCAAAUCAUUCUCCAUUUAAUUAGGCAAGCUCUUAAAAAAAGCAAAAGAAACCGUCAUUUCUCAAGGCUAUGAAUUUGUCAAGGGUAAGUCAAGAGCAAGAUCCCUGAGUGAUAUGGACAGUGGUAAGGAAAGUAAAAGAAAAAAGACAGACAAAGAUGAAAGAGCAAAAGAAAUUCAGAACACUUCUGACAUUCUAAAAAAUAUCCAAGAACAAAUUGAAAUUAAGCAACUGCGUCUGCAAAAACAAAAGUCGCUGAACAACUUUUCCAAAUGUGACCAGAUAGUUGGCGAGAUAGGAAAGCUGAUGAAUGAGAAAAAGAUCUUGGAGAAACAGCUUAAGCAUAUGGAAAAGAAAGAAGCAAAAUCGAAGUGGUACUAUAACAAAAAGGGAAGCGAAAAAAGAAAGAGUGGAGAAAGCAAACAGAAAGGCAAGAGAAAAUCAUUUGACAUUGCAAAAAUGUUCAAAAAUGCUAGUGAUAUUUCUGAACACACUCUUACCAGCACGUCUGACUCAAAUGAGUCAUUUGACACCCUUAUUGUGAGCUCAGAUGAAACUGAAGGUGGAAUUGAAGCAGCAGCCGACAUCCCACGUUUAAUACGUACUAUGCCGACUUCCGUUUGA